UUUUUCUCGAGUUUUAACUAACAAAAUAGGCUGUUUUUAGCAUUUUCAUAGGGGUUCCAAACAUUCGCGGGUUCUAACUAUUCACGGGGGGGUCUGGUACGCAUCCCCCGCGAAUACGGGGGGACCACUGUAUAUAUCUGCCAGGUAAGUAUGUACAAAACUUUAUUGUAUCAUAACAAUAUCAUUUUUCGACAAAUUGUCAUUUUUCGUUGUUCCUGUUGAGAGUAGGAGCAGCAAAACUUUAAUACAUAUCAGUAAUCAAAGAUUACAUUGUGCCUGGAACAACAAUCGUAUCGGACUUUUGGAAAGCAUAUAAUUACUUAAGUAAUGAGGGCUACGUUCACUUAAAAGUUAAUCAUUCCAUCAAUUUCGUAGAUCCAGUGACCGGUCCCCAUACUAACACCAUCGAGAGGAGGUGCAGGGAACUCUGCGACAUGAUUCCUAGGUACGGCCACAGGAAGUACAACUUCGUCGGCUACCUAUCAGUGGCAUACUUUAAGAUUCACUUUGAAGACCCCAAGAUGAGGUUGCACGCGUUUCUUAAGGCAGCAGCAGAUUUAUACCCUCCACCCCUUUAAGCUUUUAGGGUAAAACACCACAGUGUGGACAAGCAAACACUGUGCCGUUGAGUGGUCACUUUCCCAAAAACUAACUUUAGCACUUCCAGUUUCCUGAAUUAGAUGCCAGUCAUAACCCAACCAGCAUGGAAACAACAGAUCGAGACCUCUACUUUCCUCUCGAAAGUAUUCCAAAUGGAGGAAACUUUCUUCAGAUCCUAGCUAGGACUGAGUACUGUACCUACAACAUCCUACAAUGAUGGAAGCUGAAAAAUCAUCAUCAUUGCUAUUAAUCAAAGAAGAGAAGAAGAGUUCAGAGGAGGGUCUUACUGAAAACGCAGGUGAAGGCUCUUCAUUUGCGGACCCCUUCUUAGAAGUCAAGGCAGAACCAGAAUUUUUUGACUAUGGUGAAUUUGAUUUGAACUGUUCAUCCAAAUCUAUUAAGCAUGAGGAGGACAACUCUUUGAGCUGUGAUGAUGAAAGCAGAAAGAAGAUUUGUAUUGCAGAAGAAAAUAGAAAUUUGGAAAGAAGUAACACAGAAGGGAAGCGAAUAACUUGUGCUGAAUGCCAAAGGACAUUUUCAAACAUGUUUAACCUGAAAUCCCACAUGAGAACUCAUACAGGAGAGAAACCAUAUACUUGUUCUAUAUGUCCAAGUAGUUUUGCUCGAUCAAGUGUUCUCACAAAACACAUGAAAACUCAUACAGGAGAGAAACCAUAUGCUUGCUCAAUAUGUCCAAGUAGUUUUGCUCGAUCAGGUGUUCUCACAAAACAUAUGAAAACUCAUACAGGAGAGAAACCAUAUACUUGCUCUGUAUGUCAGAAAAGUUUUUCUCAAUCAAGCCAGUUAAAAAAUCACAUGAGAACUCAUACAGGAGAGAAACCAUAUACUUGCUCCACAUGUCAGAGAAGUUUUACUCGUCACAGUCAUCUCAAAACACACAAGAGAACACAUACAGGAGAGAAACCUUAUAGUUGCUCUAUAUGUCAGAAAAGUUUUUCUCAAUCAAAUGUUUUCAAAAAUCACUUGAGAAUUCAUACAGGAGAGAAACCAUAUACUUGCUCUAUAUGUCAGAAAAGUUUUUCUCAAUCAAGUCAGUUCAAAAAUCACAUGAAAAUUCAUACAGGAGAGAAACCAUAUACUUGCGAUACAUGUCAAAGAAGUUUUAGUCGUUUAAGUCAUCUCAAAACACACAUGACAAGUCAUACAGGAGAGAAACCUUAUAGUUGCUGUAUAUGCCAAAGAAGUUUUUCUUGUCAAAGUAAUCUCAAAAGACACAUGAGAACUCAUACAGGAUAGAAACAUUCACUUUCUCUGUAUGUCAAAAGUUUUUAUGGUUCAAGUCAUCUCAAAAUACACAAGAAUUCCUACUAGACAGAAACUGUAUACUUGAUCUUUUCCAAGUAGUUUUUCUAAUUCUGAAAUUCUCAAAGUACACAUUCGAAAUCAUUGUAGAAAGAGGAUAUUCUCCAGUCGUAAUGUAAAAAAUGUUUUACAAUUUCAAAUACUUUGAGGUGAAUCAUGAAACUCAUAAUGCUCUCAAGAACACUAUGAGAACCCAUAUUGGAGAGAAGCCAUUCAUGUCUCAUGCAUGGCAAAGGAGAUAUUUUGAAUCAAGGUGUCUCAAAAGGUAUGUGGAAACUCAUACUAGAAUGAAGUCAUACACGUAAAACUGACUUAGUGGAUGUGAAAAGAAUCAUUUUUUCAUUGUUCAUCAGUGAAAAUUAGGUACAGUUUUAUUUGAUUAUUUUUUAUAUGUUCUUGGUUUUAAUAUCCUACACAGUGAAAUAAAGUGGGUGUGGGCAAACUGAGGCCCACGGGCCGCAUAGGGAGUUCAUGCAGCCUGCCAAAUGUUAGUAAAUUUGAAAGGUUAUUUUGUCUUUCAAAUGCGUUUCAUGUGGAGUUCCUACUUUAAAAUACCGCACAAUUAAUACAGUUUGUUUUCCAACUAAGCUCCCCCUCAACCUGGGACCACCUUGAUGUGAUGAGGGGGCUCUUGAACCCCAGAAAUUGGUUCCUGGGUUCGAGUCCAAGGGUCCCAUAUAUCUUAAUAAUAUUUCUUUGGAUUAAUGUUUGUGGAAUUUUCCACUUUUGCAAAACAUUUAUUGGACCUGAUAAACAAGGAAAGAUAUCAUAGCUGGGACUGGAUUUAUAUCCGAAGCUAAAUAGUAUAAACUGUGGUAGGACCAUCACCUACUGAUAAUGUUCGGACCUAAGGGAUAACAAUUUAAUAUCUCAGGGCUGGACCAUGGAUUCCAGGGGGCUCUGGUUCUGGGAUAGGGCACUCUGCAUUCUUUCUGGUUUGUCCAUAACAUGAUUAGGGUGGGGAUGAUUGUAUUCUUGUAAUACUCUCAGUCCCACCAAGCGGGUUUUGCUUACACUUGGGCCACAAUAAUCGUGUUGUGCCAUCCCCUGUGGGGUAGGGUAGAGACGCAGACAUUUGGGAGUCAGUUCUCACUUGUGCCAUUGGUGAAGGAAUAAACUCCAUGAAAGGCUGAUGAUACUUUUUUAAGGUUUUCAGGUGAUGUUUUUCCUCCUCUCUCUAAUCUUUAUGGAAGAUAUAAAUAAAGAUUUGAGUACUCCUGGGCCGUCUGAUGGUUCAGUCGCAGCACAAUUGACGACUAAUGGAUCCCUCUCCUCUAACCGCCCUUUCGUAGUUGUAGAUGGCACUAGCGCGUCAAAGACCACCAUCCUGCUUCAAGUGAAGUAUCAGAUCACCCCUCAGGGUGCAUUAGCAUUAAAAUUAUAAAGGUAAAAACCUUUUGUUAGAUUCCAGUGGUGUAACAUUUGAACCAUACGUAGAAAAAGAUAACUGAAUUGGAGGCAAAUAACCCUCCCAAACUCCCAACAUUGGCAUCAUGUACAAAGCAGGCACCAAAAAGUAAAAGAACCUUCCGACUAGUCCCUACACUGGAGCAUUUUGACCACCUUUUUUAUCAGAGAACUUGUCAACAUUUCUGAUCCUGAAAGUAGAGCAUAAAAUUCCAACUACUAUAGUUGAAAACAAAUUAUGUACUGAACCUGUGUCCAUCCCAAGAAAUAAACUGCAGAUAUACCAAAACUAAUGAGUGGUUACUAGAAGUAACCACUAAAAAACAGUCCACUGCCUUUUUGAACAUGAGAGAAAUUAAUGCAAUGCAUAAUUAAUACAAUGCAUAAAAGUAACAAUGACAAGCCAUGAAAUGUUAAAUUAUGUACAAGUUACAGUCAUCUUACCUAACAUUGAGGGUGAAGAUCUGCCUCCAAAACACGUGCUACUUGACUCUCCUAAAGUAAGGGAUAAUAAUAUCCAUGACCUAGAAGUUUGUUCAAUUCCAAGAAGAAGGAAUAAGAAUAAACAAAUUAAAAUUACAAAAGUAAAAUUUACUGGCCAAAGUCUUCCACUUAAAAUUAAAAUUCUUAUAGCAAAACCACUUCAGUGCACACAUGCUCAAAACUUGGCUAAACAUACAAAAAAUGUCAUAAUAAGACAAUAUGUUCAGUCUGCUCAUCUGAGGAGCAAGCUACAAGUUGGGAUUAUAGUCUUCCAAAAUGUGCCAGUUGUGGUUUAGCUCAUGCCAGAUCUAAAGAGUGAAUUUUUACCAGUACAAUACGGAGCUUAAACUGUUAAUGACUAGAGCAAGAAUGACAGCUGAAGAAGCUAGACUGGAGUUAAAAGUAAGGGGGAUCCUUGAACCAUCCAAAAAUCUCUCAUUCACAACUGCAGUUAAAAACCUAAAACUUAACCAACAUAAUAUCAAGCAACAGAAUGAUAAAGAUAUGCAACGUAUAUGACAUGCUAAUAGUACUAACAUCCAAAAUAAAUAUGGCAUUCUAUCCACUGCUGCUGCUAUUAAUAUUGAAGAUUCUGAUAGCUUUGCUAUGAGAAUUCCAAUAGAAGAAGAAUCAAAUAACUUCAACUCCCAAAAUGACAAAAAGAAAAGAAUCCUGGAAAGGACUCUGCCUAAAGGGGAAAAAUCAAAUGUUGAGAAGUGCAGUCAAUUAAAAGAAAAAAAAAAACCCUACCUGCAACAAGUGAGGAGUUCAAAAAAGAAAUUGUACUGACUUCAUCACCAGUGGAGGUUCACAACUGCCCUCCAUCCCUAUCACGUAUACAACAAGGUGAGAAGCAACAAGAGACUUGUAAUGGACCAGUUAACUACUCUCUAACAAUCCCAACCUGUGACCCUGAUGACAGUACUUCCUUGUGUGGUACUAAUGAAAAUCGGACUAGUAUUUAUGUGAAUCAAAAAGUGUCUAAUGCACACCAUUUUUUGACUAAACUGAAGUCUUUUAGCUGCAAAUCAAGUAGCUCCUUAAACCAGCAUACCUUACCGCAGAGGACAAAAAACGGUCGAAACACAAAAUCGGAAGUUUGUUCAUGAAACUUACCUGUCAGAUAUAUAUAUAGCUGUAUUUUCUGAAGUCCGACAGAAUUUUAAAAACUUCCGACACACGCAGUGGUCGGCCAGGUGGUUAGUACCCAUUCCCGCCGCUGGGAGGCGGGUAUCAGGAACCAUUCCCAUUUUCUAUUCAUAAUUUUUCUGUCGCCGGUGCUGGAAACACCUGUUUCCAGUACCUCCGUCUUAGAUUUUGGAAACUUCAUUGCCGCUAAGUAUCCUAGUUGUUAGUUUCUAGUCGGGACUACGCUGCCGAAUUGAACAUCGUCGUUCUACCUGCCGUAAGCCCAGUCUCUUAACAGGAUUCUUGCCCCUUCCUCGUUUGAGACGGGAAUCGGAAAAAUAAAAUGCUCGACUUCCUGGUUUACGUUUUGUCAAUUCAGUGACUUUCCCCCAUUGACAAUAUACUAUCGUUUUGUCAAGUAAGUGGGUAUACCCUCAUUGACAAAAUAUCUCUUUGUCCCGUAAAUGGGUUAGUUCUCAUUGACAAACAUCUCAUUAACUUGAUAUUGCGUAAGCGAAUAAGCUCUUAUUGACAAGAUUCGGAAGAGCUCUCAUUCGUCAUUCGCAGACUCGUACAAGAAAUAGACUUGUAGACUACGUCAAUGAACGCUUAUGUCCAAUAACAUAAGAAGCUUGAGCUGACUGCUUCGAUUCUCUUAAGUUUUGUUCAUGAAACUUGCCUGUCAGAUAUGUAUGUAGCUGUAUUUCCGAAUUCAGCUAUAUAUAUGUCUGCCAGGUAAGUAUGAACAAACUUUAUUGUGAUAUAAUUUCAUAUUUUGCCUUGCGUUAUUUUACUUCUGGUUGGUUCAAGUCAUAUACGCUUGCUGUAGUUACCUCUUCGGAUGGCAACCGAGAGGUCUAUUGUCUAUUUUAAGGACAUUUAAUCGUUACUCCCUGCAGCCUUCCAGGAGUUUCCGAUUUAUCUUUUACCGUUGUAUGGUAGUGUUCUGACGACACAAACGCAUCUAUAUAUUUAGCGUUUUCUGUUUCGCUUAAAUAUACCAGCUUGAGAGUCUUUCUGCUCAAAAAAUAACGGACCUAUUUCUUCGUAGAAUAGGGUAGCUGGCAACCCAGACAUAAAGUUAAGAGACGACGUUCGUAAGCUGCUGGCUGCUGCUGUCACACUGUGUCUGUCCUCCAGUCCAACCGAGCCAGUUACAGAUCGUGCGCUGUCGUGGCUGGUAGGUUACGUCUCUCUCCUGCGGGAUUGACUGACUAACCGUAUCUCUGUGCUGGCGGUUACGUCUCUCCUGUGAGAUUGACUGACUAACUGUAUCUCUGUCCUACAAUCACGGACUUUAGCCUAAGAUUGAGGGGAUUUCUUAUGUGAAUGAAUAAACGUUGAAUUCGUUUUGCCUUACUAUGUUCAACAGAGUUAUCUCUUAAUCCUUUCGGUGCUCGUUACCGCACGGUAUAGAACUACGAGUCUACCGCAACAUUGCACUUUUAUAUGCUCUCCUGCUUAGGCAAAGCGCAGCCUUAUUAGGGAAGUAAGCAUACUCGGGGAGGGAAUGGAUGAGCUUGCUGGGGACCAUUUCCUUCCUGAAGAAGUUUGUUUCCCCGAAUAGACUGCAAUUCAGACCACAGUUUUUUCCUACCGGGAAACUGAAAUAUUAUUCAAGAUCUAGGAUUGAUUCUGAACAUCUCUCAGUGCGUCUAUCACCUGAGGUGAUAGAAAGAAGGUGCCGGACAUCUGGAUAGGGUUUCAGAUGUCCUGGAUCUUAAUCUGAAAGAAGUAAAAGCGAUUCGGUAGUCCCUCCAGUCCUCGAAACGAGUUUUUGGGAACCAGUGGUCCAGAUCAACUCUGAUAUUCCACAGCUCUCUCAUAUCUUAAGAAGUAUCUUCUCUCGGUCCCUGUUCGAGUUUAUGAGAAAGAUCCUAUUAUAACAACAGGCGUAGAAUGUAACGAUCCUCUAGAGGUUCGUUACAGGAUUGCAAAAGUCCGUACGAAUCGUCUCGAUCGACGGCAGCAACUUUUGACUUCCGAGUGGAAUCUUUCUUUAGAAGUAAGUUGAGAGUUGUGGAGACUUUAGGGACGCCCUUUCAUUCUUCUCUUCGAUAUGUUGAGGACGAAGAGGCUUCUUCUUCUCUGCUCCCUUAUUCUCGAUCCGGGAUCGGUACCAUUAAACGCCAUCCUAUGAUAUUGAACGGGGAUGGAUGUUUUAGUCUCUUUUCCCCUUUUUCAUUCGCUUAGGAAAUGUAAUAAGAGGAUUUAUGACGUCACAGGGAGCGACAAUGACGCUGAUCGCCCCAUGUUGGCCUUCAGGAUCCUGGAUUCACAGAGGUCACAUACUUCCUAGUUCACUUUCCAAGGACCUUUUCCGAGAG